GCCGCCCACUGCUUCCGUCUCUGUUCCGCAGGAAUGUGGAAGGCGGCGGCCGCGGCGCUAGUGCCAAACUUUGGGGAAUGAUAGCGGACGCUCUAUGGGAGCCGCUGUUUGAGGGAAGUACCAGCGCUUGGACGGCCUGCGUUAGCAAUUUAUCGGUUUUCAGAAAGCCACCUGAGACUAGAGAGCUUGGAUUCGGGCAGUAUUUAAAAUAGAAAAUACGGCUUUCACACAACAUUUAAGCCAUGUCAGAGGACCUGAGUGCGCAACCCUGGUCCAUUAACAAGGAUGACUACGAACUACAGGAGGUCAUUGGAAGCGGAGCCACUGCAGUCGUCCAGGCCGCUUACUGCGUUCCCCGCAAGGAGAAGGUCGCCAUCAAACGCAUCAACCUGGAGAAAUGCCAGACCAGCAUGGACGAGCUCCUGAAAGAGAUUCAGGCCAUGAGCCAGUGCCACCAUCCUAACAUCGUGUCCUACUACACUUCCUUCGUCGUGAAAGACGAGUUGUGGCUGGUGAUGAAGCUUCUCAGCGGCGGCUCUGUCCUGGACGUGAUCAAACACAUCAUCUCACGAGGAGAGCACAAAACCGGAGUGCUGGAUGAGCCCAGUAUAGCCACCAUACUGAAAGAAGUUUUACAAGGACUCGAGUACUUGCACAAAAAUGGGCAGAUUCACAGGGAUCUGAAGGCUGGAAACAUCCUGCUGGGGGAAGACGGCUCAGUUCAGAUCGCAGAUUUCGGCGUAAGUGCCUUCUUAUCCACCGGCGGCGACAUCACCAGGAAUAAAGUGCGCAAGACGUUUGUUGGGACGCCAUGCUGGAUGGCUCCUGAAGUCAUGGAGCAGGUGAAGGGUUAUGACUUUAAAGCUGAUAUUUGGAGUUUUGGGAUCACAGCCAUCGAAUUGGCCACCGGAGCGGCUCCCUACCACAAAUAUCCUCCUAUGAAAGUAUUGAUGCUGACCCUGCAGAACGAUCCUCCGUCCCUGGAGACGGGCAUCACAGAUAAAGAAAUGGUCAAGAAAUACGGUAAAUCCUUCAGGAAGAUGAUCUCGCUGUGUUUGCAGAAGGACCCAGAGAAAAGGCCAACAUCACUGGAGCUCUUAAAACACAAGUUCUUCCAGAAAGCGAAGAAUAAUGAAUUUCUACAAGAGAAGUUACUACAGAGGGCACCCACAAUAUCAGAAAGGUCGAAAAAGGUAAGGCGGGUUCCUGGCUCCAGUGGCAGGCUGCAUAAAACAGAAGAUGGCGAAUGGGAAUGGAGCGAUGAUGAGUUAGACGAGGAGAGUGAGGAAGGCAAAGCUGCCGUUGCUGCUUUACGGUCUCCAAGAGUAAAGGAGGGCACUCAGAACUCGGAGCAGCUUUUCCAGCCAGCCGAGCCCUUCGUCAGUCACCUCCAGACGGGUGUUCCUGCCCAACCCGAUUUACCUCAGUCUGGUGGGCAGGCCGUGCCGCCCUUACAGUGCCCGCCUGCUCCUGCUAACCCCGCCCAGGUUCCAGCGCCGGCCCCUGCCCCAGUUCCUGCCCCUGCCACUGCCAGCGAUUCCUCCAAAUCACCCAUCAGCCUGGUGUUAAGGUUGAGAAACCUGAAGAAGGAGCUCAACGACAUACGAUUUGAGUUUAUGCCUGGACGAGACACGGCAGACGGGGUAUCCCAGGAGCUGGUGUCGGCAGGUCUGGUAGAUGGGAGAGAUUUAGUUAUAGUUGCUGCUAAUUUGCAGAAGAUAGUCGACGAGCCUCAAGCCAAUAAAAACGUCACUUUUAAGCUGGCAUCCGGCGUCGAAGGCUCUGAGAUUCCUGACGACGUCAAACUCAUGGGAUUUGCUCAGCUCAGUAUCAGUUAAAGUUUGCCUCCAUGCGUGGACCAUGACUUGCCUAAAAAUGUGAAAAGCAAACAACAAAAAAAAAAAAACACAACCAACACCACACCAAUAGAAUGACACAUUCAUCCCCUGCGCACCAUUUGAGAUACCACUUCUGCCAAAGAAAACCGUACCGUGUCGUGAGCCCAUAGGAUUUAACCCGAAAACCUCCCAGCUGUGGAAGGCACUGGGGUGAAAGGAUGAGAUCAGAAUCUAUAGGAAACAGUCAACUAAAGUUUACAGUGUAUAUGUAGAAGGAUGUUUUCUUUCUUUUUUUUUUUUCUUUUCUUUUCUCCAUCAUCAACCACGUUGUGUUCAUUUUCAUUUUUUCCUGUUUCCUCCUGUAAUAUACGUCCUGACAUUUGCACAAUCUGAAACUAACGCCCUAAAAUGUUGAUUAAUGUAAUCAUGGCCUUAUAUUCAAGAGCUACUGAAUGCAUGUUUAAGGAGAAAGUCCUAAUGAAUUGUGGAGAUUUCAUUUCCACACAGAAUAAUAAAAACAAGACAGCUCGCACACUUCAACUGAAGUGAGUGCCGUACUCCAGCACACACUUUUAGCCUUAUUGUGACCAGACGAAUCUGCAAAUCUGCUUUCAGAAGGUUCUCGUGAACCACUUAUGUUCCUAGGCACUUUUUUUCUUAAUUUUUCUUUCUUUUUUUUUUUUUGCGUUCUCAGCUGCUGUACAGAAUUCCUUGUCUGCGUGAUGCACUGGUAUUUAUCGCAAUGCAAACAUCGUGCUGUUUAGCAGCCCGCAUACACGAGUGGGUGCACACAGAAGACACACUUGUACCUGAUCGGGGUGGACAAAUCAUAAAUGUAUUAACUUGCCCGCCAGGCAAGUAGACUGGAAACUGACUGGACUAAGCAAAGAAACAAACUGUUUGUAGCGUGUCAUGUUUGCGACUUCGAUUAAAAGUCAGUCAUUGGGCAACACUACGCUACAGACUAAAUACAAAUGUUUGUUUGUUUUGCUAAAGUCAGUAAGAAGUAGGUUUUUUUUUUCCUUCUCCAGUUGUUGAACCUACUUGUCUGCCAGGCAAUUAUAAAUAAAGAAUUAAUAAUCUGGUCACAAAAUCUGCUCUUCCCCGGGCAGCCAGGCUACAGAUCUGUCCACCUCUGUUAAUGAAUUUAUUGAUUUAAUUAGUCACUGAUUAUGCCUGCCCCUCUCUCUCUCUCUCUCUCUCUCUCUCUCUCUC